AAGGAGCAACUACUUCUGAGCUAGGGGUUAUGGGUGAGCUUCCGUGCUGUGGUUUGACUUGGCAGACAUCGUUGGGAAGUCUUUAGGAUCAAUGCUUAAUUUCCUCUGUUUUGCGGUUCUGCUGUGUUGGGGAGUCCUUAUCUCCCAGACCCAGGACCACCAGGUCCAGGUCCAGAACCACCAGACCCAAGCCCAGGACCACCAGACCCAGGCUCAGCAAUGCAGUUUGAUCCAUGGCUCCAUGUCCCUGCCGGUGCUCCAAAGGCCAGGAAACAUCACCCUGGGUGGCCUCUUCUCCCUCCAUGACGCUGUUCUGGAGACGGACCUCUCCUUCGCCACCCUGCCUGCUGCCAUGCGCUGCACGGGGUUUAACUUCCGGACGUUCCGCUGGAUGCAGACGAUGAUCUUUGCAAUCGAGGAGAUCAACAGGAAUGCUAGCCUGCUUCCAGGCGUAACCCUGGGUUACAAGAUCUACGACUCGUGCAGUAUGCCCUACCACGCCCUCAGGGCCGCCAUGGAACUGAUGGAGGGGGACGGAGGGGUGGGGGAGGUCGGGGGAGGGCUGGGGGGCACCUGCUCAGUUUCGGUUCCUGUGGUGAUUGGAGACGGAGGGUCGACCCAGUCUCUGGUUGUGGCUCGUUUCCUGGGAGUGUUUCACGUGCCACAGGUGAGUUAUUUCUCCAGCUGUGCGUGUCUGAGUGACAAAAGUCAGUUUCCUGCCUUCCUCAGGACCAUGCCUAGCGACUUCUUCCAGGUAGAUGCGUUGGCGCAGCUUGUCCAACACUUCGGCUGGACCUGGGUGGGCGUGGUCGCUGGUGAUGAUGCGUAUGGGAGAGGAGGAGCCCAGAUCUUCGCUGAGAAGGUACAGAAGCUGGGGGCUUGUGUGGCUCUGCAUGAGAUCAUCCCCAAGAACCAUGAAGAGGCUGCCAUGGCUACCAUCGUGGCUGACAUCCGAGCCUCCAAGGCUGGGGUGGUCCUGGUGUUCGCCCUGGAGCAGGAUGCUGGAGCUCUGUUCGAUGAGGUGCUCAGACAGGGGCUGACGGGGGUCCAGUGGCUGGCCAGCGAGGCCUGGAGCACGGCCUCGGUCCUCUCCAUGCCACCCCGUUACCGGUCCAUCCUGCUGGGCUCCUUGGGCUUCGCCAUUCGCCGGGCGCACAUCCCAGGCCUCCAGGACUUCCUGCUCCGCCUGCAUCCCUCCAGCGCCGAGGCCAAGCUGGACCCCUUCCUCAGGCCCUUCUGGGAGGCUGUGUUUGGCUGCAGCCUGAGCCAGGGGUCCAUCGUCCCUCCGUGUUCAGGCAAGGAGAGCCUGGGCACCGUGAGGAACAUCUACUCUGACGUGUCACAGCUGAGGAUCUCCUAUAACGUGUACAAAGCUGUGUACGCCAUCGCCCACGCUCUGCACGACCUGAGGGGAUGUGAGGCUGGCCGCGGGCCGUUUCCUCUGCAGGCCUGUCCAGACACAGACAGCUUUCAGCCCUGGCAGCUGCUGCAUUACCUGAAGCAGGUGGACUACACCAACGCGUUCAACGAGGAGACCAAGUUUGACGAGAACGGGGACCCCGUAGCCAUGUACGACCUGGUGAGCUGGCAGGCGCGGGCCGACGGCCAGGUGGAGUAUGUGACGGUGGGAAGGUUCGACCAGACCGUCAGCGUGGGCAGGAGGAAGCUGCAGAUCCAGGAGACGGACAUCGUCUGGAGCAGCAACCAGACCACAGCUCCCCUCUCUGUGUGUAGCUCCAGCUGCUUCCCAGGAACCAGGAAGGCCAUCAAGCCCAACCUGCCUGUAUGCUGCUUUGACUGUGUGGUCUGCACAGCAGGGGAGAUUAGCAAUGAGACAGAUGCUAUAGAGUGCGUGCGCUGCCUGCCAGAGUUCUGGUCCAACCCUGACCAUACUGCCUGCAUCCCCAGGCAGUUGGACUUCCUGUCCUACACGGACACCAUGGGCGUCACGCUGCUGGCACUGGCUCUGACAGGGUCCUUCUGCACCACCUUGGUCCUCCUCAUAUUCGCCUGCCACAGACAGACGCCGAUCGUCAGGGCCAACAACUCAGAGCUCAGCUUCCUGCUCCUCUUCUCCCUGACUCUGUGUUUCCUGUGUUCUCUCACCUUCAUCGGCCGGCCCUCUGAGUGGUCCUGUAUGCUGCGCCACACAGCGUUUGGGAUCACCUUUGUCCUCUGCAUCUCUUGUGUCCUGGGGAAGACUAUAGUGGUGCUGAUGGCCUUCAGGGCCACACUUCCAGGAAGUGAUAUCAUGAAAUGGUUUGGGCCUCCACAGCAACGAGCCAUCAUCCUCAUGUGCACACUGGUACAGGUGGUGAUCUGUGUUGUGUGGCUGGCUGUGGCCCCUCCCACCCCUCACAGACUGAUGAGCCAUGAGAACGCCCAGAUCAUCCUGCUCUGUGAUGAGGGCUCAGCCCUGGGCUUCUCCCUGGUCCUUGGGUACAUCGGCCUGCUGGCCUCCCUCUGCCUCCUCCUGGCCUUCCUGGCCAGGAAACUCCCAGACAACUUCAACGAGGCCAAGCUCAUCACCUUCAGCAUGCUGAUCUUCUGCGCCGUGUGGGUCGCGUUCAUCCCAGCUUAUGUCAGUUCUCCAGGGAAGUACACGGUUGCAGUGGAGAUCUUUGCCAUCCUGGCCUCCAGUUACGGACUUCUGGCCUGCAUCUUCGCCCCAAAGUGUUACAUCAUCCUGCUGAGACCUGAGAGGAACACCAAGAGACACAUCAUGGCCACAGCUGACAAGAGGUUCUAGUCUAUUUACCUAACCCUCAAACUGAGAAAUAUAUAAAACAACACUCAAAGGCUUGCUUUUUUCUCAUGCUGGGAAAAUAUUCAUGACCAGAACUUUGGUGUUCUGGAACCAGAAAUCUUUAGCCGCUUAGGAUGUAUGAAUCUAUGUAGUGUUGUUUAGUUAAUGCAUAACGUGCAAAAAAUCUAUAAUGCAAUCAUUUAGAUUGUAAAAGCAUAGUAUUGAAUAUUGUGUAUGUCGUGUGAUUAACAACGUUAAAGAGAGAGGAUAGGGCAUAACUAUGAUGUGGUGGUAGUGUUUAACUGCAGUUAACCUCUUGCAAAUCAAGAGGUUACAGGCAAAGACUUCAACCUGCAUGUUGCUUUGGAUUUGAAUGUGUUAGCUAAAUGUACACAUUAAAAGUUCAUCCUUUAGGUGCAACUCUUACUCCUAACCACAUGA